AUUUGUUAGUUUCGACUUAUAAAUCAGUAUGAGCAAAAUAAAUAAAUAAAUAUAAAUAAACAAAGGAAAAUUAAUAAAUAACAAAAAAAGAUUGUAAGGUAAUCAUGAAGACUUGAGACAGAGUCAAAACCUAUCUGCUUUACAUUAGAAAUAAGACCCUUAUUAUAUUGAAAGAUUGUAAACUUAUUUGACAGUUCCAGUCAUUUUUUUUUAUCAUUUUUCUUACAGAUAAGGUACGAGGCUUUUCGGUUUAUUUUUUAUCAAAUGCGUAUGAUUACCCCUACCUGUUUAAUCUACAAUGGGAAUUUUUUAUCAAUUAUAGCUUUCACUUUGAACAUUAUUCAAGGUGGGGGUAAUUUAAAUUAAGUCUUACAGCAGUUUGUUCCAUUACAAUUAUCUUGAAUGCAUGAAAUAAUAAAGUUGGAUCAUGUACUGAGCUGUUUUAAAAUAAGGUUUCUUCUAUUUAUGAUGGGUGAAAAAGAUCUGAAGAUCAAUUUUGAAGUGCAAAAGUUAUUAAAGCUGCUAACGAAAUCUGGAAAUGCAAUAAUGCACCAAUUCAUGCAAUACGAUGCAACAAAUCAAAGACGUACUUACAGAAAUAUUUUAAUAGCAAUAGAAAAUUCCUUUGAAAUCAAUGAUGAAGUGAGCUUUAAGGAAUUAUCCAGUAUUUUGGCAUUACUGACUGAUGUAAGCAUUUUCCCCAAUUUAAUUUCUUGCUUUCAUUAUGAUGAUAAUCCCUUUAAAUUGACUAAUGUUGUUAUUUUGGCUUGUAAACACAACCGAUUAGAAAACUUGAACCAAAUGUUCAGUGAUGAUUCUUCGAUUAUCAGUGAUCUCUCCACAAAAGUUGAUGCACCUUUUCCUCUGCCUGCCGAUAAUGAUGAAGAAGGUCACAAUGCAUUUUAUUAUGCGGUGCGUUCAGGAAAUACAAACCUUCUUGAAGUUUUAAUGAAGAAGUGGCCAUUGGAUUAUUUUUCAUCACACACCCAAGAACUGUGCUCUCUCCUGACGAAAAGCUUGGAUGAGUUAUUGCUGAAAAAUGCCGAUGUGUCAACCGAAAUGAAAAUAUAUGUACAUAGUUUUUUGCUAGACAACUACUUUGAGCAAGUCAUUCCAUCAGACUCAAUUGAUUAUUCUCACGAUGAUAUCCAAGAAAGUUUGUCACUUAUUUUGGAGUAUAGUGGUUUAGUUCAAGCAAUGUAUGGACACAGCGAAUCAAAGUAUCUAACAGUUUUCUUAGUGAAACAAAUAGCCCAGAAUAUAAUGUUAUCCAAAAAAUGGCUGAAAUCUACAUAUGACAGAAUUCCUUGGGAAGAAAUGGAAUUUCACUUAAUUUCCUUCAUCCGGUAUCUGAGUAAUCAAGGAAGUUACAUCAACUGUUUUGUAACAGAGAAUGACUUGGUGAAAUAUCUUAGUAAUUUUUGUGAGUGUCUGAACAGUGAAAUCAAAGAAAUUAAUCAUAUGGACAAAGAAUCGUUAAGUAAGCUUCCUGAGAAAAUAAAUCGUGAUGAUGUGGUAAGCCGCAUCAUUUCGAAAUAUCCAUAUUUCAAAGAAUUUUACUUAAAUUAUGGGGUAAUUCGUGAUUAUGAAUCUCUCAAUAUUAUUAAGAAAUAUGUCGACGUAGUGACUGAAGUGAACAGUCUUGAAAAUGGCGGAAAAACUGUCAUCAUUAGAGCAUUGCAAGUUUUGGGAGAGAAUUUUAAAAAUACUCUGGAAUCGCCUAAACUCUCAAGCGCCACAAACGAUUUUUUGAUGCUGUUCAUACCAAACAAAACAAAUACUAUUCUGAAAUUUUUGAGAGACUCUUUUUCGCAUGGUUUUCCUUUGUCAACUUGUAAAGUUAUUGAAGAACAUUACGGUCCUGAGUUUUACACAUUUGUUCAGAAUGAUGUGAAAAGUUUAAGUUAUGCUGUAACUUCAGUUCUCCAGAAAAUAAAGUUUCAAACUGUCAGAUAUUUGCUAAAAAGAAUUUGCAAUUGCAAAGACAUUUUUGAAUACAAAGACAUUACUCGUAUGAUUCGACCUGUAUAUUUUGAGAAUGAUGUAACAGAUAUUUUACUAAGUAACGACAAUACAGUAAUUACUGUAUUAAAAAAAUUAAUUGCUGACUUAAGUGAAAUUGUAAAAGGAAAAACACAUUUUGAAGAGAGUAUAUUUUCCGAAAUAGCAGAUAUAAUUAGUUUUGAAAAGAGUUUUCUAGAUAAGUCCAGACUUGAGUUGGAGUUCUAUCUUAACUUGCUAUAUAAUUCAUCGGUCCCUGACAGUAUAUUGAAUAGUUACACAAUUUCUGAGAAAAAGAAGAAAAUUAAGCACAUGCUAAAUGGUAUAAACCCUGUAAUGGUUCCAGAAAGCUUAACAAGAAUAGGAUAUUUAACUGAUGAAAUUUUAAAGCAUAUUUUGUAUAAAGAAGAUGAGCAAGACAUGUCAAAUAUCUAUUCUAUAAUUUUGAAAAUAUUUUACAUUACUGAAUGUCAAGGAGAUGAAAUCAAACACUUACAGGAACUCAAGAAAAAUUUUACGAAGACUAAAAAAAUAACUAUUGGUAGUAUCAGAGAAAUAAAAAAAUCAUCAACAACGUCUUAUCAAGAUGUCUUGUCAGAUGAUAUUACUUCUUUAAGAAAAAUAGUACGUAAACAUAAUUUAUCUGAAUUUAACACAGAAUCAUUUUUCAUCUAUAAAAAUGAUUUCAAAAUGCAAGUAGAAAUUGAAAUGCUUAUAUUAUCAAUUUUGUCUAGCUUAGAACAUUCGAAUCUUUUUUUGAUAACAACUCAGCUAUCUAACGAAGAGGGUCCACUAUUAGUUGGCAGAUAUCUGAGGAAUUAUCUAGCUCAUGGGAAUCCUCUCAUGGAAGUUUUAAUGGAUUCCACUCAAUCAAUAUUUUUAUUUGCUUUGAAGAUUAUCAAGCAUGAUAUUUAUCAAAAAGGAAAUUUUACAAAAAAACGCAUAAAGAAUCUAUUGAAUGCAAAAUCUAUUGUAGAAAAUCAAGGAAAACUGUUUUGUGCUUUGUCUAACGGCUCCUUAGCUGAUGUGAAACAUUGGAUGAAAGAAGGAGCUGAUAUCUACGGAAGGAAUCCUGACAUGAAAACAGCUUUACAUUAUGCUUCAAAAUCUUCUAACAUUAAUAUUAUCAAGUUCUUGAUAGAUCGCGGAUUAAAUCCAAAGGCCAAAGAUGUUAAUGAUAUAAAUAUUCUUCACUUAGCUGCUGCAUCAGGAUGUAAAGAUGCAGUUUCUUAUAUUAUAGAAGAUUUGGAAGUAUCAGUUGAUGAAAAAUGUAAGCAAAAUAAAACAGCUCUUCAUAUUGCAGCAGAAAAUGGGUUUUUCGAUGUCGUUGAAAUUUUACUUAAUCACAAGGCUACAAUUAACGUUGAUCAGUUUCUUGGGACACCACUGUACAAAGCUGUAAUAAACAAUAGAGUGAAAACUGCGGAAUUAUUACUUCAGAAUGUUCAGGAUAUAAAUUCAAUCCAACAUGUAACAGGAAUGAACUUAUUACAUUUUGCUGCUGACUUGGGGUACAAGAAUAUGGUGCAAUAUUUGCUCAGUAAAGGAGCAGAUGUUAAUUCUGUAUCUGAUACGUUGGUCACACCAUUGCACAAAUCUGCUUACGCUGGGCAUGUAGAAAUUGUCACAAUAUUGAUUUGUAAUGGCGCAAAUAUAAAUGCUAAGGAUUCAGCUGACAACAUCCCACUUCAUUUUGCUGCGUUUAAUGGACAGCCAUCAACUGCUGAAAUUUUGUUAAAACAUGGUGCCGAUUUCAAUGCUUUUAACAAAGAAAAACGUUCACCUUUGCAUCAUUCCAUUAUGAAUGGACAUUUAAACGUGUUAAAACUUUUUAUAGAACACGGUGCAGGUAUUGAAGAUGUUAAGAGAAGGGAUUUUCCCGUAUUUAAAUAUGCAAUCCGUUAUAAUAACUUGGAACUCAUAAAUAUUUUAAUUGAAAAUGGAAUGUCGAUUAACAUAAGGGAUUCUGAUAGCUGUACUCCUCUUCAUCACAGCAUAAAAAAUGGUUCGGUAAGUAUUUCGCUGAGAUUGAUCGAAUGUGGAGCCGACAUUAAUUCAGCAGAUAAAUUCAAUCUUACUCCUUUGAGCCUUUCUAUCAAACUUGGUUACUUUGAAAUAGCAGAUAAACUGUUAUCCGAACAGGCCAAUAUUCAUUCAGUUGAUUAUAAAGGACAAACUUUAUUGCAUAUGUGUGUUUUAAGUUUUCUUUUUUGGGACACUAUGGGAGAAGAAUAUUUUACAGAGACCUACAAUAACUUAAUCUCUAAUUCAAGUAGGCUUAACAUUUUUAAAAAGCUUGUAGAAAGUGGAAUUAGUAUUGAAAGUGAGAAUAUCUUUGGCAGAACUCCUUUGCACUUAGCUUGCAUCUCAGGCUAUGAUGACAUCGUUCAAUAUUUAAUCCCUAAAUUAUCUGACAUUAAUACUUACGACAAACUAGGAUAUACACCCUUACAUCAUGCUGUCAAACAUAAUCAUUUGGAAGUUAUAAAUAUACUGUUAGCUAGUAAAAAAUGUUGUUUGGACUCUAAGACGUCUCAUAACCAAACAGCUUUAUGCUUAGCUGUAACCAACAAUUACACUGAAUCAUUUCGACUGUUAAUCAAAUAUGGAGCAGAUGUGAAUGAUGGGAAUCCCCUUCAUCGAACUGUAUUGCUAGGAAAUCAGGAAAUGAGUAUAAUUCUUCUUGAAAACAAAUCAACCAAUAUCGAAGAGCAAUUUCAAAAUAAAUUUGAAACGCUUCUUUGGUACGCAGUGAAUAAAGGUCUAAAACGAGUGGUAUCUUUCGUUCUAGAUAAAACGAAAUUUUCGACGUCAGUUGCUUUGAAUGAAUUCUUAUACUUUGCAAUUCACAGGGGUUACGAAGAUAUUGUCACCAUUUUAUUGAAUCAUGGAGCUGACGUAAAUUUUGUUUUUAAACCUAAUUUUUCCCUUUUGCAUCUAGCUGUGUUUUGUGGACACUCCGAUAUCAUUAAAUUAUUGUUAACAAGAGGAGCUGAUUUCAAUAAACGGAAUUCCGAUAAUCAAAGACCGGUUGAUUUGGCUGUAUUUCUGGGUCACUUGGAAUCAGCACAAAUAUUUUUUCAGCAGCAAAUUAUAGACAUAAAUGAAAAAAUCCAUGAUGGUUCUUCUUUGUUAAAUUUAGCUGCUGAAUAUGGACACCUGGACAUAGUAAAAUUUCUCAUGAAUGAAGGUGCCGAUUUAAAUGUUAUAGGAAGCUUCGGCUCAAAACCCAUACACAUAGCUGCUUAUUAUGGAUAUUUACAUAUUGUUAAAUACUUCAUUCGGUGCGAUGAAAAGCUGUUAACAGACCGUGGAUGUGCAAACAUGACUCUUCUUCAUUACGCAGCUAGUGGAGGCCAAACAGCAAUUGUUAAAUAUCUAAUUGAAAAAGGAAUUGAGGUCAAUGAUGAGUGUGACGAUGGAUUCCGACCAAUUCAUUUUGCAAUAAAGUCUGACCAUGAGGAAAUUAUCUGA